AUGACCAUCUUCCGACCCUGCAUAGACUUGCAUGCGGGCUCAGUAAAGCAGAUCGUUGGAGGCACACUGUCAGACACUCCGGAUGCGCUGAAGACAAAUCACGUGUCUACGCUCCCUGCUGGGCAUUUUGCACAGCUGUACAAGGACAAUGGGCUUACCGGAGCCCAUGUUAUUAUGCUUGGACCUGGGAAUGAGGAUUCAGCGAGGGAAGCGGUAGCUACGUGGAAGAACGGGCUUCAGGUUGGUGGAGGUAUCACUGAGAAGAACGCUGCACAGUGGAUUGGAUGGGGGGCGCAGAAGGUAAUCAUAACAUCUUACCUCUUCCCGGAUGGAAAAUUCUCUUCCGAGCGGUUACAGGCCGUCCUCACGGCGCUCGGCAACGACAAGGAGAAGCUAGUCAUCGACCUUAGCUGCCGAAGACGCGGUGAGACGUGGUAUGUAGCCAUGAACAAAUGGCAGACCAUUACCGGUAUGGAACUCAAUCAGGACUCGAUAUCCCUCCUUGAACCAUACUGCUCCGAAUUUCUCAUCCAUGCAGCCGACAACGAAGGAUUGCAGCAGGGUAUCGACCAUGAGCUUGUGCAGAAGCUAGCCCAGUGGUGUACUAUUCCAGUCACCUACGCAGGUGGCGGAAAGACCUUACAGGACCUGGACAUAGUCAAAGAAUUGAGCCAAGGCAAGGUCGACCUGACGAUUGGAAGCGCACUCGACAUAUUCGGCGGAAGUGCUGUAAAGUUCGAGGACUGCGUAGCUUGGAACAGAACCCAGUCCUAA